AUGGCCGACUUCGACUUCAACUACAGCGACGAUCUGGAGCUGAGAAAGCUGCAUGCUCAGGUGCUCCAAGAUCCUGAGGAAUUCGAGCACUGGGAGAAGCUUGUCCGCGCGGCAGAGACCCAAGAAGGCGGCUUGAAUAGGAAUUCCAGCCCACAAGCGAUCGCAGCCACCCGAAACACCUACGACAACUUCCUCGCGCGAUUUCCACUGUUCUUCGGCUACUGGAAGAAGUAUGCAGACCUCGAGUUUGCGAUUGGCGGCACAGAGGCUGCAGAGAUGGUAUACGAGCGUGGUGUCGCCAGCGUGGGCACCUCAGUCGACAUGUGGACCAACUACUGCGCCUUCAAAAUCGAGACAAGCCACGAUGCAGAUGUCAUCAGAGAACUCUUCGACCGCGCUGCAGAGAGCGUAGGCCUGGACUACCUGUCUCAUCCAUUCUGGGACAAGUACAUCGAAUUCGAAGAACGCCUGGAAUCUCCAGACCAUGUCUUUGCCGUUCUCGGUCGAGUCAUUCACAUUCCUCUCCAUCAAUAUGCGCGAUACUGGGAGAAAUAUCAAAUCCUGGCGAAGACUCGGCCUGUGGACCAGCUGGCCCCAGCAGAGAUCAUCGCGAAGUUCCGCGAAGAUGCUGUCGGUGAAGGUGGGCAGAAACAGAAGAACCCUGCGGAGCUCGAGCGAGACCUUCGGACUCGGAUCCAGAACUACCACGCCGAUCUUUUCAAACAGACCCAGACUGAGACCACGAACCGUUGGACAUACGAGCAGAACGUCAAGCGGCCCUACUUCCACGUCACACCACUGGACGAAGAGGAGCUGGACAACUGGAGAAAGUAUCUUGACUUCGAAGAGCUCGAAGGCGACUACACUCGGACCAAGUUUCUUUACGAGCGGUGUAUGGUCAGCUGCGCCAAGUACGACGAGUUCUGGUACCGCUAUGCCAGAUGGACCAUGGCUGAGGCGGGAAAACACGAGCUCGAUGUUGAAAAGCGGAAGAUGAUUCGGAAUGAGGAAGUGCGCAACAUCUAUCGGCGCGCCAGCUGCACGUACAGCCUCAUCAGCUCUCCGGCAAUCCGACUGCAGUAUGCCAAGUUCGAGGAGUCUGUUGGCAAAGCCGACGUGGCGAUCGAUAUCCAUGAGGCGAUCCUCAUGAAACUGAGUGGCCAUCUCGAAACUAUCAUCUCGCUCGUCAACACCUAUCGCCGCCAGUACGGUGCUGAUCCUGCCAUUGGCGUUCUCACUGGCUACAUCAACAGCCAGUCUUUCACGUCUGCUGUCAAGGGAUCUCUGGUCGCCGAGCUUGCACGCCUUCAAUGGAAGGUCAAGGGCGACGCAGUGGCAGCACGUGCGACCUUCACCAAGUAUGAGCAACACUGUCUCGAUUCCCAGGCAUUUUGGCAAAGCUGGCUAUUCUUCGAGAGAGACCAGCCAGGGUCAGAGCAAGACGAGCCAGCACGCUACGCAAGCAUCAAGAUGGUCUACGAAACCAUUCGCAACAAGUCAGCCCUGCCUUCCGACGCGAUCAAGAUCCUCUCCUCCUAUUACCUGGGUUACCUGGAAGAUCGCGGUGACUCAAAAGCCAUGGAAGGUUGGACGGACAUCGACAAGGACAUCAAUGGCCCCGUCAGCAUCGCCAUGAAGGCGAACGCCAAGGGCCAGAUUACUCAGCUCGAGAACGGUCACGCCAUCGCAUCUGCAUGA